UACAAACUCACCUACAUCUUUCUCACUCUCUUGCGCUUUUGUUUCUUCUCUCACGCCUCCCUACCCUCUCCUUACACACUCCAUACAUUCUUUCCUUCCCUCUCAUAUACCAUUUCACGCACCAAAAAUUCACAAAAAUGAAGCUUCUCUGGACUUGCGUCUUGUUGUCGAAGGCAAUGGCUAGCGCUAGCCCGUACUCAUAUGUCGCCAAUUCGCCGGCAUUGCCCACACCUGUGCUGGCUGAGGAGACGGGCUUUGGUGGGCAUUCUGCUGUCCCCGCCCCGCCGGUUGCCACACAGAUCAUCGAGUUCAGCAACGUUCCAGCUCCGCCCGCAGUCGAGAGCCCGGCGUCCCCGGAUUACCAUACUGUCAUUCCCCCUGCAACCCUUCCUCCAUCUAAUGGCCCUGCGAUUCCAUCUCUGACUGAGAUUCCCGCCCAGCCUUCUGUUACCGAAGCGCCUGUUCAACCUACCAUACCUGAGAUUCCAGGACUCCCAACUGUACCCAGUGCUCCUGUUCCACCCUCUGCUACUGGUGUGCCUGCUCAGCCAGUUACUCAUGGAAUGCCUGGAAUUCCGGCUGUUCCUGAGGUUCCUGCUCAGCCCUCCGUUACCGAGGUGCCCGCUGUGCCCGAGGUGCCCGCUCAGCCUGUCGAAACUGUGGUUCCCGGGAUUCCUGCGCAGCCUGUUAAUACAGAGUCUCCUGCUCUGCCGGUUCCUGGUUACCAGGCCAACCAACCAUCCGCACCAGCUCCUCCCAGCGUUACAUUUGUGGCCACUCCUCCGCCCUCAAUUCCUUCCCCAAGCGCCCCUGAGGUUGUCCCAUCAGUUCCAUCGGCUGCUCCUUCUCAGCCUGCCGUUCCAUCUCAGCCCACGCAGCCUCCAGCUCAGGGCGAAAUCAUUAUCGAGUUCUUGUCGGUGAGCUCGGCUCCCCAGGUUCCAGCUGCUACCCAGAGCACUGGUGUUCCCGCUAUUCCCGCACCGAGCACCUGUUCUGAGGAAGUGCAGUCGACUGCUUCGGUUGGGACCACUGUUGAACAGCCUUCCGAGGUCAUGGUCCCUCCUACACCGCUUUCCAGCCAGCCCCCGGUUGUUGCUACCGAGCAGCCGCCCGCCACGCUUGUCAUCGAGUUUACCGAACUGAUCCCUGGUACUCCCUCUGUCGAGACUAUCAUUGAGCGCUCAACUCAAAUCGCUAGCCCUCCUUCUCCCCAGCCCAGUGUGCCAGCCCCAUCUCCGAGCAGCAGUGCCCCAGGGGUUUCCUCUGCAGAAUCUACCUGCGUUAAGAUCGAGGUACCUACACCUGAGAUUAUCGUCGAUUAUACUGAGGAGGCUAAAAGCCAAACCUCUGCUGAUACCAUUGUAGAGCGUACCACAGAGGUCGCUAGUGUCCCGGCUCCGAUGCCCAGUGUUCCGGCUUCGCAGCCUAGCGCCCCUGUUCCCAGCCCUCCCGCCUCACAGCCUAGUGUUCCUGAGGCCCCUGCUCCAAGCACGCUUGCCCCUUCAAACCCGAUCAGUUCUGCAGAGCAGCCCUCCGUCGUUCCGCCAGCCAGCUCCACUCCAGUCGAAGAGAUCGAUACUUUGCCUCCUGUCUACACUGAUGAGACCGAGUGUGUCGAGAUCGAGGAGUCCACGCCUACACCUGGUGUCAUUCCGCCAGUCACUGUCACCGUCACCCAGCCAGCUGUCACCGUCACCACCACGGUUAGCGAGGUGUGCGUGACAACCCCAGUAUCUAGCUGGCUCGCCCCGCCACGUGAGCUCCCGCCAUUUGCGACUCAGUGGGAAACAGUUGUCUGGGAAAUUCCGCUCUAUCCCUUUGGUCCUGGACCGGUCAUCUUCUCUACUGGGCCGCCUGCCCCCGCUCAGCCCCGGCCUACUGUGAGCCCUGUUCAGCCUAGCUAUAUCGCUUCUGUCCCCCGCCCGCCUGUUGAGGAGACUCUUGUCUUCAUUGUCAGCCAGCCUCCUCAGAUUAUCCCCAUGUAUCCGACAAACACUGCCGCCGUUCCUGUCACUCCUCAGCCAGCUCAGCCGGUUCAGACCCUGUCAAUAACCGUCAACGAACCUACUACAUGCACGACAUCGGUUGUUGUAAACUAAAUGUCCCCGUCUAGGCAUUUAGAACGCAUGAGCGUACCAAAAAAAUAUCCCUCCAUUCCCAUUUGUUCGAUAUUCAAUUUCUGCUACGCUUUCCCCAUAUCUCUAGCCACACCUCCAUAUCGCAACCCUCGCACCACUAGGUCUUUGAUCGCGUUUUAUUUUCUCAUUUACUAU